AUGAAACCAUGGUCAAGCUAUUGCAUCAACGAUCCUGCAUAUGCUUUGGGGAGGGGAGGGGGCUUCAAAAAAGUGUGCGCUUUGUAUGCUCGUGAAAUUGUCGAUAAUUUUGAACAACCCUGUAAAGAAAGGACAACCGAUAUAUUGAGUGAAGCUCCUCAUAGACCUGUAAGAAGAGCUCAGGCUAUUGAAGUAGUGGAUUCAGAUAAUGAUGAAGAUGAAGGUGGUGAUGUCGAAGAGUUGCUACAGUCGGAUAUUAGAUGGGAGCAGCACUCUGUCAUUUCCAGUUCCUCUUCGUCUAACCGAGAUGUCCAACCAUCUCAGGCUGUUAUUUUAGGUAUUACAUGUCCUGUGUGUAUGGACAGUGCUGAUCAGAUAUUGGCUGACAAGAGGAAAUUGGUAUCAACAACUUGUGGUCAUGUUUUCUGUGGAAAGUGUAUCCGAAGUGCUAUUCGGAGACAGCACAUGUGUCCAACAUGUCGAAAGCGCCUCUCACUGAAACAGUUCCAUCCCAUAUAUCUUACGUAA